UGCCCAUAGCAACCAGAUUGUUUCUUUCAUUUUUAAAAAGGCCUCUAAAAACAAAAAGGUUGCUAUGGGCGACUGGUCAACUGUUCUUCAGCGCAGGUCUUGAUAAAUCUCCCCCCAUAGUCACUAAAUCAUUGAAUUAUAUGGCGGCCGCGCCGAUCUGAGUGCAGGUUCAUCAGAAUCCGAUUAGAAGAAUUUGCUGAUGUAACUCAGAGAUCCCCACAUUUAGAGACUGCAGACUAAAUAUUCAGCGAAUCUCCUCUCCCCAUUCUGUCUGUGGCAGAGGGGAGGGAAGAACAGGGAGAGCGCCUUUUACCCAGAACUUACCGCCACAGAGGACGCGUAUUUUACCCUGUAGAGCAGCCAUUUCGGAGUCCCUCCUGCAGUAUAUCAGCAAGCGACCGACAUUUCAGAUGAAAGCCUUGAGUGACAAUUCGCAGUCUGACUGUCAGUGUGUGUCCGCAGUGAUUAUUGGAAGGAAACACUAGAGAACGGGAGAAGCCUUUGCUGUGUUCUGCCAGGAAUGCUCUGGCCCCCUGCCAUUACAUUGAGCUGUGUGCAUGAUACAGACCUGUUCCUGGAAGAGGCUCUUCCUGUAAUAUGUAUAUGGAGAAGGGGGGUGGCUGAGGGGUGGAGCGUCACUGUCCCUGUAUAAGAGGCGAGUGUGUCUGAUCUCAUGGAGUUAUACUCAUUUGUAACUAGAAGCAAGCACAACAGUGGAUUAUUAGAAUAUCCCUCGAAGCGGAAUUUUCCACUCUGGACAUAGGAUAUUACUGCAAACACCAAGGACACAGUAGCCUUAACUUAUCUAGACUGUUGCAAAGUUACCCGAACAUUGGCUCCGCAACUUCUUAAGAGGCACAAAGGCGCCAUCCUGACUUGCAGCAAAGCUGGCUCCCACCGUCAUGGUCACUCAGAGCAAAUUCCCGAGCAUGAGCCGGGGAUUAGACUCCAGCCUUCGGCUCAAGACCUUCUCUUCACGAAGCGAGUACAACCUAGUGCUAAGUGCUGUCCAUAAGUUGCAGGAGAGUGGGUUCUAUUGGAGCACAGUGACGGGCACCCAGGCCAACCUGCUGCUCAGCACUGAACCGGCGGGCACCUUUCUCAUCCGGGACAGUUCAGAUAACCGACAUUUCUUCACCCUUAGUGUCAAAACCGAAUCUGGCACCAAGAACUUACGAAUCCAAUGUGAAUCUUGCGGCUUUUCUCUGCAGACUGACCCACGAAGUUCGCAGCCAGUGCCGCGGUUUGACUGUGUCUUAAAGCUUCUUAGGCAUUACAUGUCCGCCAAGGACCCUAGCAAUGCCAAAUGGUCUUAUUACAUCUACUCUGGGGGUGAACGAGUCCCCUUGCUGCUAUCUAGACCUUUGUCCUCAAGUGUCUCCUCUCUACAGCAUCUCUGCCGGAAGGCUGUGAAUGGGCAACUGGAAGAGUAUGGCACCAGGGAGCAACUUCCGCUGCCCAUUAAGGACUUUUUACAGGAAUACGACUCCCCUGUAUAAUGGAGAAGGUUUAUCCAUAAGGAUAGAGAAAAAUGGCCAACUGGAGCCUCAGAGAUCAAUGUCACUGUGAACCAGAGAUGGGUUGAAUGAAGGAGCUAAGACUUGGCAUUGACACCAACGUUGUUGUAUACAAAUCACCAAGUGCCUAGUAAAACAGAGAGAGACACUUGGGCCUUGACCUAACCUCCAAGGAGAGACUGUCGAGACCCUCAGCAUUGCUGACUAUACCCAACUCCACACGUUUACAUACCGGGUGCAGGAUUAUGGAGAUUGCAGAUCUGGCUCUGGUACCUUUCCAUGGCACAACACCAGAGCUGAGCACCCACCUUGCACUGAAUGUCCACAUUGAAUAUCUGGAAGAAAUAUUUAUUGUCACCUAAGUAGCCUUAAUCUGCUGGAAGGCGUGAGGGUAGAGUGUGUUCACACUGAGGGCAUUAUCGGAAUAUGACAGAACUGGCGACAGUGUAAAGGACACGAGCGGGCACCUGGCCAGAAGAACUUUUGCACAGAUUUCCAGCAAGUGACUUAUGGCCUCUUGUGUUGAGGCAGCUUAACUUAAACUUGAUUCCUGAUCGUAGAAUGAGGAUGAUGGGGGUGGGGAAAGUCGUAGUGGCGAGAUGAAGGACGCCAGCGCAAUGUCACCUGACGACUGUGUAUGCCAGCAGUGAUGAUAUUGCACAAGAAAAGACUAGAAAAACCCCAUCUCCAAGGGCAGAAUUUGCCAUCCUGACCUCAUUUAUGUUUACAUGGCGCCCUCUAAAGGUGCCAAAUAUCCAGGACAUUUGCACUUAUUUAUAUUUUACACGUGGCCUUCUAAUUUAUAAUAAACAGAACUAUUUUUUUUGAA